CGCUAUAUACUUCAAGGGCAAGUGGGAGGAUCCGUUCUACAAGGAGGCCACCGCCAACAAGCUGUUCCACCGGCCCGACGGCAGCACCGUCGACGUGCCCUUCAUGCAGAGCUGGAGUUCCCAGUUCAUCGCCGUGCACAAAGGGUUCAAGGUGCUCAAACUCCGGUACCAAAUGGCUCAAGGGCAAGGCCGACACGUCGAUCGUAUCAAGCGUACACAGUUUUCUAUGUGCAUCUUCCUCCCGGAUGCCUUCGACGGCUUGCCGAGCCUGGUCGACGCGAUAGCAUCCCGACCUGGCUUCCUGCACAAGCACCUACCGAAGAGGAAGCUCGAGGUUAGGGAGUUCCGGGUGCCCAAGUUCAAGCUGUCCUUCCACAGCAGCGAUGUCACCGUUUUGAAGAAGCUGGGGCUUCAGUUGCCGUUCAGCGAUCAAGCCGAUCUGUCUGACAUGGUGGAGCGUGAUGAAUCUGACUUGCCAUUGGUCCUGAGUGACGUCAUCCACAAGGCGGUCAUCGAGGUAAACGAAGAGGGCACCGUAGCUGCUGCCGUCUCCAGGAUGAAUAUGGAAAUAGGAAGUUCUAUCACGCGGCGGCCGCCUCCUCCUCCUGUGGAUUUUGUAGCCGACCACCCGUUUGCGUACUUCAUAGUGGAGGAGGCGACCGACGCAGUUGUCUUUGCCGGGUGUGUACUCGACCCGUCUAACGAGGAUUAGGUCGUCCG